AUGCUGGUUUACUUUUGGGGCGCGGAAGGUUUCAAGGCAAAUCUGAUCUCCAUCUCUAGGGAAAUCAUAACGAUCCAAGCCGGCCAGUGCGGUAACAAUGUUGGCGCUCAAUUUUGGCAGCAGCUCUGUCUUGAGCACGGCAUAAGCCAGGAUGGAAACCUGGAGGAUUUCGCGACCGAGGGCGGCGAUCGUAAAGACGUCUUCUUCUAUCAGAGUGAUGACACCCGCUAUAUUCCUCGAGCGAUCCUGCUCGAUUUAGAACCUAGGGUCCUCAAUGCCAUCCAGGCUGGUCCGUACCGAAACAUCUACAAUCCAGAGAACUUCUUUAUCGGGCAACAGGGUAUUGGCGCGGGAAACAACUGGGGAGCAGGCUAUUCUGCAGGCGAGGUCGUGCAAGAAGAGAUCUUUGAUAUGAUUGAUCGUGAAGCAGAUGGCAGUGACUCUUUGGAGGGAUUCAUGUUUCUGCAUUCAAUUGCAGGCGGUACAGGCUCAGGGCUGGGCAGUUUCAUACUGGAACGCAUGAAUGAUCGAUUUCCCAAGAAAUUGAUACAGACUUACUCCGUCUUUCCCGAUACGCAGUCUGCGGACGUCGUGGUCAACCCAUACAAUAGUUUGCUUGCAAUGAGGCGGUUGACGCAGAAUGCGGACUCUGUGGUGGUAUUGGAUAACGGUGCUCUUUCAAGGAUCGUCGCGGAUAGGCUCCACGUACAAGAGCCUUCUUUCCAGCAGACAAACCAGCUCGUUUCUACUGUUAUGUCUGCUUCUACGACGACCCUCCGUUACCCCGGAUAUAUGCACAAUGACCUCGUGGGAAUCAUCGCUUCCCUCAUCCCUACACCGCGCAGCCACUUCCUGAUCACCUCAUACACCCCAUUCACCGGCGACAACAUCGAACAGGCCAAGACAGUGCGUAAGACCACUGUUUUGGAUGUCAUGCGCCGUCUGCUGCAGCCGAAGAACCGCAUGGUUUCCAUCAACCCCAGCAAAUCCAGCUGCUACAUCAGUAUCCUCAACAUAAUUCAAGGAGAAGCAGACCCGACGGAUGUACACAAAUCACUCCUCCGUAUUCGGGAGCGACGCCUGGCAUCCUUCAUCCCAUGGGGACCAGCGAGCAUCCAAGUCGCAUUGACAAAGAAAUCUCCCUACAUGCAGAACACUCACCGAGUCAGCGGUCUGAUGCUGGCGAACCACACCUCAGUCGCGACACUGUUUAAACGAAUUGUCCAGCAAUACGACCGUCUGCGGAAGCGAAACGCCUUCUUGGAACAAUACAAGAAGGAGAGCCCCUUCUCGGACGGCCUGGGCGAGUUCGACGAGGCCAGAGCAGUGGUGAUGGAUCUCGUCGGCGAGUACGAAGCCGCGGAGAAGGAAGAUUACCUGGAUCCAGAUGCAGGAAAGGAGAAGGAGUUGGGGGUGUGA